UUCGCAAGGGACUCUGGAUUCUUCGACGUCGCCGAAGGGCGAGGUCAAGUAAAACCACCUACACUACCUCCACGACCGCCCGCAAUGGCGAAGAGAACACCAUCUAAUGCGGUAAAAAUAGACCCCGUAUCAGAACAGGAAAACAUUUACGUUUCCCUGGAAAACGCUACUUCUUACGGAGAACGGAAGCCAAAAACGUCGACGGAAUCCUCGCUUCGCGCCUUCCUACUUGAUGAAUUAAUUGACAACGAAACUAAAUUCAAGAAAGAAAUGGUUCUAAUACUCUGUUUACUGUCUUCGGGCGACAUAGAUAUACCGAUUUCAGUUGAGGACUUUAUGUCAAUAUUCAUUAACCUGCCAGAAUAUGUAUCCGUAUCUAAAGAAAUAAUCAACGCAUUUACAAAUGUGAAGGAAAAUUCGAUAGAUCCAGAGUUAACUUGCGUUGCCGGUGCCUUCCUACCUAUUAUUUCCCGUUUCAAGAAAGCUUACGUGGAUUACAUAAAACACUUUGAUCCGCAACUCGUUCAAAAGAGGCCCCAUCUUGAGAAGUAUUUCGAGGUGGCCUCAGCAAUGCUGACGAAAGAGGACAACAACAAUUCUAGUCUUAGCGACCGUCUUCUGACUCCAUUUCAGCGACCGUUUAAAAUCUCAAAUGUCUUCGAGAGGAUGAAAAAGAACCUGAAGGCGGCUCAGAAAUCCAGAAAUUUUCUCACGAGUUUUCCAUUUGUGAGCGACGAGGACCUACCCGCAGAGAAAAUGCCGGAGAUGGAUGUGGUUUGUCGGCGAGUGCUGUUUGAUGGUCAUGCCGAUAGCCUUGACAGCGCUGAAGUAGAACUGACAAUGAGAGAUAAGCUAGCUCAAGACCGUCGACUCAAACGACCGGAGCAGCAUCGUGCCGCUACAUGGUGCACGCCCAAAGGCCAUCCCGACCAUGAGAACUUGACCAGGGUAUUGACUCAAAUGCAGGAUCUCAUUGCAACGGCUGAUCGGAUCAAACGCCCUGGGUCAGAAUUGCUCUUGGUAAGUCAUCAGAUUCGAACUAAUGUACAACAGGGCUCUGCAGUCCUCAAUGCAUGCCUCGAUCUUUCUUGUAGACGCGACGUCCACCGAGAUAACGCCGGCAUCUUCGGAGGCUAA